AAACAUUAGAACAUAAAUCAAUGAAUCAAAAUAAAAGAUUCCUGCUCAUGAUGUAUUCUAUGACUUCCAGCUAAGAACUGCCUGUGUCUUCACCUUGUAGUUCUGUGUGUUUAAUCAAUCAAAACGUGUUAUGACAGCCUCAACUACAUUUGAAUUCCCACGGAUGUGUUGUGCAACCAGAAGCACGCCCCUGCACUUACUUCGGCCUACUUCAUAUAGGAAUUCAGCAGGGAGUUACAAGGAAAUAUGUCGCAAAGGAAAAAGGUCACUGAGUCAGUUAAGAACAAAUUCUUAUUUACAAUGACGGCCUAGGAACAGUGGGUUAACGCAUUUUACGCCUCUUGUUCAGGGGUAGAACGACAGAUUUUGUACUUUGUCAGCUUGGGGAUUCGAUCCAGCAACCUUUCGGUUACUGGCCCAACGCUCUAACCACUAGGCUACCUGCCGCCCCAAUAUGACAAAUAUGGGGGAAAAUUGUUGUUGUGUGUUGAUGCAAUGUCUUCCACUAUAUCCUCAAUCCCUCAUGGGACCAGCUGCUUAUUUAUUGGUCCUGUGGUGACUCGCCUACUCAGGAAUGGAAGGUGCUCAACCAACAAGACUGAACAAUUUACAACUGCUGCCUGGGGGGAAUUACUUCCAGACUGAAGUACAGUCCUUCAGUUUCACCAAGUCUGCACACGGAAUAGGAGCUUGCUUCCCUUCCCUUAAACAGACUCACUUGGCUUUGAGGACUCUAGAGGACUGCUUUUCCUUCUUAAGGAUUCGGACAGGAUCAGACUGACUGUAAAAGGGACAGGUUUUGACAGUUCAUAUUAUGGAAGAGGAUCUUCUGAAUGAUAACUGCACAGCAGAUAAUCUGCCCUUGUACACAUUUUACGCCUCUGUGAUGAUUGUGGAGUUCACCCUGGCUGUGCCUCUUAACCUCUCAGUGCUUUACCUCUUCAUCUUCAAGCUGGAGUUCUGGAAACGGAACUCCAACAACCUUUUCCUGUUCAAUCUCGUGUUGGCUGACCUUCUUCUGCUGGGCUGUUUGCCAGUGAACGCGUACAAUUUUCUUCACGGAGAGCGGCAGAGUAUGGACGGAAGGAUCUGCAAAGUCAUGCUCUUCAUGCUGUUUCUGAACCGAGGUGCCAGUAUCGGCUUCCUGGCUGUGAUUUCACUUGAUCGCUACUUCAACGUGGUUCAUCCUGGGAACAAGGACUUUGUCCUCAAAAAGUCUCCUCAUAUAUCUGUCAUCAUCUGGCUAGUACUGCUCCCUUUGACGAUCCCCACCAUGCUGAAGACUGGUUGCUGUGGCAGUCAUGGGGACAUCACUGACACUCUGAGAGAGGUUGUGUUUUUCACCCAGAUUCUCAUCCCUUUCUUUGUGUUGGUGUACUGCACGGUCCGCAUUGUCAACAGACUCAAAAAGAAGACAGUAGGUGACAGGACCAAGCUGCGUCGAGCAGUGUUUCUGGUCACCUCUGUCAUGCUGGUCUUUUCUUUCUGUUUCCUGCCUUGCACCAUAGCUAGAAUUGUUCUGUUGAUUGUCAGAGCCAUGGAUUUACAGAAUGCUGAGAAUAUAGCUAUUCAGGUCUAUGAUGGUUUCAUAGUUUUUUCCCACAUGGAUUGUCUAGUGGACCCAAUUGUGUACUGCUUAAGCAGCACUAAGUUCAAAACCCUGUACCUGACAACUUAUUGCCCCUGUCUACUGAGAAACAACGCAGAAACGGCUAAAAGAACAAACCCAAUACGAAUUAACUUAAAUCUAAAACGCAACAACAAUACACUGUAGCUAGUAGGUAAUAAUACUUCUGGGUGUGGUAGUGGGCGUGGCCACAGUUUUAAAGAGUUUCUUGCAAUUAUACACUUUCAUGGGGCUGAGAAUGUUUUGUAUUUUUUUUUAAAGAUAAUUUUCUGCAAUUCUACACAUUUUGCCAUGGCUUAUGCCGUAUAACUAAAACGUUCUUAAAACAAAUCUAUUGGGGCCCCAUGCCAUGCCAUUUUUUACAUUUUAGAUUCUCUGACUGUCUAGUUUUUAUUUUGGUGAUGGUUAGUUCUCAAAGAUUAUCUUUUUUAAAAGAUAUAGCUCCAUUAUCUUUUCUACAUACUUUAUAUAUGGUUUUAGUCGUUUUUAAGUUCACACUGAAAACGUUUUUGCCAUAUUAAUAUUUUUUGGUGUGGCG